CUACCAACACCUCAACUACUUCAUUCGCCCUUUUCACCAUGUUGCCCAAAACAUUGCUCGGGCUCGCCCUCACCGCGGCCACAGGCCUCUGUGCCUCGCUGCAGCAGGUGACAAACUGGGGCAGUAACCCAACCAACAUUCAAAUGUACACCUACGUCCCUGACAAGCUGGCCACAAAGCCCGCCAUUAUUGUGGCUCUCCACGGCUGUGGCGGCACCGCCCCUUCCUGGUACUCGGGCACACGCCUACCCUCCUACGCCGACCAAUACGGCUUCAUCCUCAUCUAUCCCGGCACGCCCAACAUGUCCAACUGCUGGGGAGUUAACGACCCUGCUUCUCUCACGCACGGAGCCGGCGGCGACUCCCUCGGUAUCGUUGCCAUGGUGAACUACACCAUCGCCAAAUACAACGCCGACGCUUCGCGCGUCUAUGUCAUGGGCACCUCGUCGGGCGGCAUGAUGACCAACGUCAUGGCCGCCACUUACCCGGAGGUCUUUGAGGCCGGGGCUGCGUACUCGGGCGUUGCGCACGCUUGUUUCGCCGGUGCUGCGUCGGCUACUCCCUUUUCGCCCAACCAGACCUGCGCCAGGGGACUGCAGCACACUGCGGAGGAAUGGGGCAACUUUGUGAGGAAUUCUUACCCGGGGUACACGGGACGUAGACCAAGGAUGCAGAUCUACCACGGCCUCGCCGACAAUCUGGUGUAUCCAAGGUGCGCGAUGGAGGCCCUGAAGCAGUGGUCGAACGUGCUGGGGGUAGAGUUUUCGAGGAAUGUCAGCGGAGUGCCGAGCCAGGCGUAUACGCAGAUUGUGUAUGGAGAUGGCAGCAAGCUGGUUGGGUAUAUGGGCGCAGGCGUGGGGCAUGUGGCACCGACGAAUGAGCAGGUAAUGUUGAAGUUCUUUGGGUUGAUCAACUAGAUGUCGAGCAAAAGGUUAGUUGAUGGCUUGAUGAAGGAAUGCGGACGGGAGUGGUCACUACACGAGUAGGACAGGGAUCUGGAGGUGAUGGUAACGUUGGGCUGAAACACAACGGUCGAAUGCGCCUCCGUGUUUGACUUGCUGCUUGACAUGUUUGUAGCUCGAAGUCCCGUCGGACGGUCGGAGAGUCAAAUGAAUCGGUUCUUUGAAGCGUUACUUGGCAACGCGGUGCUAAACGGUCGAUGCCUGA